ACCAUUUUCUCUCUUAGCUAGUAGGCUACUAUCGUUAGCUUUAGGAUCAAGCAUUUACAUGCAAACGCGUAAGCCUAGACGUGGCUUUUUGCAGGGCUUCAAGUUGCGUCCGACAGUGAAGCAUAACAGAAUUUGCAUAUAAUAAUUUGAAAUAAGGUUUUCAUUCAUUGCCUACCAUUUGCAAGGAAUGGGAGGAGAUAAACGGGUGAGUCGCUCUGAACGCAGUGGGCGAUACGGCUCAGAGCAGUCCCGGGACGAGGGUGGCUGGAGGGAUCGACGAGACAGAGAUCAGGACAGGGGCUAUGACUCUCAUCGCUGGGGUGAUGACCGUCGCAGUGACCGUCAUGGAGAUGGAGAAAGAUGGUGGGGUCGGGACAGUCCUGAGAGGGGGAGAAAAAGGCGUAACAGCGAUGGCUCAGAUGAUGGCCACCAUUCGGAUGGAGAUUACUGUGAGCAGGACUACAGGGGUGAGCCUGGCGAAGAGAAGGAGAGCAAAACCAUCAUGCUGCGGGGCCUGUCGCUCAACGUAACUGAGCAAGAUAUUCGGUCCGCCCUUGAGCAGCUGGAGGGACCCCAACCCAUGGACAUCCGCCUGAUGAAGAAGAGAACAGGUAUAAGCCGAGGUUUCGCCUUCGUGGAGUUUUAUCACUUGCAAGAUGCUACCAGAUGGAUGGAGACCAAUCAGAAACUGCUGAUCAUCCAGGGGAAGAGCGUGGCCAUGCAGUACAGCAACCCCCGCCACAAGUUUGAGGAUUGGCUCUGCAACUCAUGCGGCCUGUACAAUUUCCGGAGAAGGCUGAAGUGCUUCAGGUGUGGCGCUGCCAAAGCAGAUGCUGACACCCCAAGUACCACUGGCACCACGGAUGCGCAGCCCAGUGGAGAUUAUUAUGGCGACACAAUUAUCCUGAGGAACAUUGGUUCUUUGUCCACGGUGGAGGGGAUCAUGACCGCCCUGGCGCCCUAUGCCAACCUGUCGGCAGGAAACAUCCGGCUCAUCAAGGACAAGCAGACGGGCCAGAACCGCGGCUUUGCUUUCGUCCAGCUCUCUUCGCCCCUGGAGGCCUCCCAGCUGCUCACAAUUCUGCAGGGUUUGCAGCCGCCACUCAAGCUAGAUGGCAAGACCAUAGGCGUGGACUAUGCAAAGAGUGCUCGCAAGGAUCUGCUGUUGCCGGAUGGGAACCGUGUCAGUGCGUUCUCUGUGGCCAGCACGGCCAUCGCUGCAGCCCAGUGGUCAUCCAGUCAGCCUCAGCAGGUGGAUGUAGGCUCUGAGUACAGCUACCUGGAGGAGGGUUAUGUGCCUUUUACACCGGAAUACCAGGCCUAUUACCAGCAGGCUGCCGGAGCAGUAGAGCUCAGCCAGGGCAACGGCAUCCUGGGAGCUGCCCCAGGGGUGAAAGUGGUCCCCGCAACCUCGGUGGUGAUUUCGCAGACUGCUCAGGUGUACCAGCAGCCACUACUUGUCGGUCAGGCCAGCCAGUCAUUGCUCGGUGUGCCUCAGGUGGAGGGUAAGCCCCAACCGGUCAUCUCUGCCAGUGUCUCCACGCCUGCGGCCUCUGCUGCCAUGGCAGCAGCUGCAGCCACCAACACAUCUGCUGGUGACAAAUCAGCUCCCGACACGUCCACCUACCAGUAUGAUGAAUCCUCGGGUUAUUACUAUGACCCUCAGAGUGGCCUUUAUUAUGAUCCCAACUCGCAGUACUACUACAACUCUCAGACACAGCAGUACCUGUACUGGGACAGUGACAAACAGAGCUAUGUGCCGGCAGCGGACGGCUCUGCCCAGGCAGCAGCCUCGGCGUCUGGCACCCCUGGCAAAGAACCCAAGGAGAAGAAGGACAAGCCCAAGAGCAAGACUGCUCAGCAGAUUGCCAAGGACAUGGAGCGCUGGGCCAAGAGCUUAAACAAACAGAAGGAUAAUUUCAGGGGCAGCUUCCAGCCCAUCAGCCAGGAGGAGAGGAAGGAGGCGGCAGCGGCCGACGCCGGAUUCACACUGUUUGAAAAGAAGCAAACAGGAGCCCUGGACCGACUGGUGUGUGAGUCAGCCAGGGCCGCAGAGGAGGAAAAGCCACAACCGCAGCAGCCUCCUCCCACCACAUCCAAGGUUGGGCUGGUGGCGGCCUACAGUGGUGACAGCGAGCCUGAGGAGGCGGCUGAGCCAGACCGAGGCGAGGACGGCUCAGACAAGCUGACCGACUGGAAAAAGCUGGCCUGCCUGCUGUGCAGGAGGCAGUUCCCCAACAAAGAGGCAUUGCUCCGCCACCAGCAGCUUUCUGAUCUCCACAAGCAAAAUCUGGAGGUGCACAGGCGCUCAAAGCUGAGUGAAGAAGAGCUAGAGGAACUGGAGAGGAAAGAAACUGAGAUGAAAUACAGAGACAGAGCAGCCGAGAGGAGAGAAAAAUACGGUAUCCCAGAACCCCCAGUCCCCAAGAAGAGGAAGUUCACCCCACCUCAGCCUGUGGUGAACUACGAGCAACCCACAAAGGAUGGCCUGAACAGCGACAACAUUGGCAACAAAAUGCUGCAAGCCAUGGGCUGGAAAGAAGGGUGUGGGCUGGGCAGAAACCGCCAGGGAAUCACUGCCCCCAUCGAGGCCCAGAUGCGGAUGAAGGGGGCAGGGCUUGGCACCAAAGGCAGCCACUACGGUGUGGCAGACGGGGCCUCCUACAAGGACGCGGUGCGCAAAGCCAUGUUCGCACGCUUCACUGAGAUUGAAUGAAUGACUUAACCUCCUGAACCUUAUUUGAACCUUGAUUGUUCUUCCCAUGAGCUCUCCAUUCUGUCUCAUGAAACACAGGACCACGCCUCGAACUCUUCAUGAUGCAAUAGUUUAACGGGUCCCUGAGAUUAUUUUGUUGUAUAUAUGUACAGAGUGUGAUUGUCCCUUAAAAUGUGGAAAUGAUGUGGGUGAAAAAAUUUUUGUUUUGGCGUGGGAAACUCCUAUGUUGGUAUGAUUGGCAUAUUGUAGAGUUUGUAUGAUACUGGUAUGGUCUCUUUUUUGUACAGAGAAUAAAAGAGACGUAACUUUA